AGGUAAUAUCUAAACAAGAACGUUGUCGUUGAAUGAAUGCCUAGAGCCCUAAAGGGAGCAACAUAGCAGCAAUGGCCACUAUUGACUCUGAUGACUCGGUCAAAGCGAAGAUCCAGUAUCUUGCCAGAGACGACCAGCACCAGCUGGUGAAACCAUAUCAUUUGUACCUCGACUACGACUACGACCUUGCUCCAACAAACACAACCGCCGAUGAUCAUUUUGUCCAGAUCCGUAAUGCUCGGAGUCUGGGCAUCCCGUCGAGAGACAUGUUCUUCGAGUGGGGGUUUGCUCAGCUGCGUCUCGAUUGUCCUUUGACCCCUGAGGAGUAUUGGUAUCGCAACAAAGUAGAAGAAAUCCUAUAUCCCAAAUACAAGUCGAUUGCCCAGUUUUUGUUCCCAAAUGCUGCGCGAGUUGAAGUCCUAGAGCACGCAAUUCGCAAACGUGACCCUCGUUGGAUGUCUGAGAAUCUAGAACGACACCAUCUCAAGACAAACCAACCGAGUGAUUAUGUGCACAUUGAUAUGACGGCCUCCUCGGCUACAAAAUGCGGUAUUAAGCAGUUCAACAUCCACCCCAAGGAUUAUUCAAGAUUCGUCGUUGUAAAGUAUAUAUAUAUAUCUGUCCCAGAUUCCCAGAAAACCAUGUCCAGGAGCUUACUUUCCAUUUCACCAGCCUAUGGAAGCCAAUAAGAGGGCCAUUAUAUGACUUUCCGCUCACGCUUUGCGACCGCCGUACAGUAGACUACGCAUCUCAGACCACUGCAAUGGAUGUCGUUAGUCGUAAUUUUGCUAACGAGAAUACUCGCAUCUACUUUGACGAGAAGCACGAAUGGUACUACUGGCACGGCUUGCAAGUCGACGAGGUAAUCGCCUUUGUACAGGCAGAUUCCGAAGCAGAGAACCGAGCAGGAGUUCCCCAUACGGCUUUUCGAGAUCCUCGGAAUAGUGACAACAAGCAGUUGCGAGAGAGUAUUGAAGCUAGAGUGUUUGUUUAUUUUGACUGAAUGUCGCGACUUCAAGUAGUCUAGUUAUAAGUAUUAGUAUAAAAAAAAUAACUAUUCAAGUUGAGUAG